GAGCUCAAGCACUCAGUGAAAUCAUCUUUAAUGAAUUCUAGGGCAUUGUAACCUUUGGGGCUUCUGAGUAAGAGGUUUAUUUAUAUAGGUUACAGUGACAUCUUUAAGCUUUAAGGCUGAAUUUGAAAAUCCCUUUUUACUCUGUGUGUCACAUCUAAUGACUCUAUGGCAAAUAAUGGCUUUGGCAGGGAACAACAGCCUGUGAAAUUAAUGAGUUCUUGUUCUGUUUACCUUUCAUUUGAUAUUAACCAUUAUUAAAUAGGGUACUCUGUCUUUCCUUCAGUAAAUUCCUCCUCUGAUAUAAUAGCUCUGCCUUGGUAGGCAGCCUGGGGUCUCUUAAGGGCUAUGUCAGUUCAGUGCGAGCUGGUGAGGGGUUCGCCAGGCUGGACAAGUCUCAGAUAAGGACUGGAAAGGUGUCAGGAUGGUCAUGGGCCCCUGCUCAGUCAGACCUGGGCAGAUCACCUGCGUUUAAGCGGACCUUGUGACAAAGGGAAGCGUUAAAGAAGAAAAUCUUUCGGCUGUGGAUCAGAUAAAGUUAGAACAAACCCCGUGAGGAUUUAGACACUCGGCUACACUAAAAGCUCGGUCAAAUAGGUCCCUGUUGUAGCAAGGUUUCUGUGUUUCAGACGUAACAAGCUUUUCUGGGCGAUCUGCGCCCCGGCAUUCCCGAUCAUCCAUGGAGGUGGCCUUCUCACCGCUGGUGCAUUCUUCAUUCCAUGCCACCACUCAGUUGUCAUCUCCAUGGAAAAAAGAAAACAAAGGAACUAAGUCAGCUGAGCUCCCGACCGCCGCCGCCGCCGCCGCCGCCGCCGCCGGGCGGGGGUGGGGGACAUCUAGUGGCCUGCGUCCGUGUCAGCACCGCUACCCUGGACCGCAAAAAGAAGGACGCGGCCCGAGCUGGAGCCGGAGCCAGCUCCCCCGAUAUGGGGAACACGUCGGCCACCUGGAAGAUCAACGAGCAGGAUACGGUCAAGGAUUUCCUAGCCAAGGCCAAAGAAGAAUUCCUCAGGAAAUGGGAAAAUCCACCUCCGUCAAGUCUAAUCCAACUGGAUCAGUUUGAAAAGUUCAAGACUCUAGGCACCGGUUCCUUUGGCCGAGUGAUACUGGUGAAGCACAAGGAAACCGGGAAUUACUAUGCCAUGAAAGUCCUUGAUAAACAGAAGGUGGUGAAGCUGAAACAAAUCGAGCACACCUUGAAUGAGAAGCGUAUCCUGCAGUCCGUAGACUUCCCGUUCCUCGUCCGACUAGAAUUUGCCUUCAAGGACAACACAAACCUGUACCUAGUGAUGGAUUACGUCCCCGGGGGGGAAAUGUUCUCCCACCUACGGCGCUUAGGAAGGUUCAGUGAGGCCCACGCCCGCUUUUACGCUGCUCAGAUUGUCUUGACUUUUGAAUACCUUCACUCGCUAGACCUGAUCCACCGAGACCUGAAGCCUGAGAACCUUCUCAUUGAUCGGCAGGGCUAUAUCCAGAUGACAGAUUUUGGUUUUGCCAAGCGUGUCAAAGGCCGAACCUGGACCUUGUGUGGGACUCCCGAGUACCUGGCUCCCGAGAUCAUCCUUAGUAAGGGCUACAACAAGGCUGUGGACUGGUGGGCCCUGGGCGUCCUGAUCUAUGAGAUGGCCGCAGGCUACCCCCCCUUCUUUGCUGAGCAGCCCAUCAAGAUAUAUGAAAAGAUCAUCGCUGGGAAGGUGCGGUUCCCCUCUCACUUCAGCCCCGAUUUAAAGGACCUGCUUAGGAAUCUGCUCCAAGUGAACCUCACCAAGCGUUACGGGAACCUCAAGAAUGGUGUCAAUGACAUCAAGAACCACAAAUGGUUCUCCAGCAUCGACUGGAUAGCCAUCUACCAGAAGAAGGUGGACGCUCCCCUUAUACCCAAGUACAGAGGCGCCGGCGACACAAGUAACUUCGAUGAUUAUGAGGAGCAGGAGCUGCGGAUCUCCGUCAACGAGAAAUGCGCCAAGGAGUUUGCCGAUUUCUGAUGGUGUCACUGGGCCCUGGUGGUUUUCUUUGCGGGAGGGGGAGGGGGGUGGGGGGAAUUGAAUGACUGAGGGCCCCAGAGUUCCUUGCAUAUUAGUUUUUUCCCUUGGGAGUCAGGAAAGCAGAGAUGUUUUCAGGGUGGGGAGAGGGAGAUUCAAAUAUCUGAUGCCCCCUCUUCCCUCCCAUGCCUAACACCCACUGCUUUUCUUUCACUGUCUCACUCCAGCUGGUAGACCCCUGGCUAGGUUCCCUCUGCUCUUUGCCUAAUUCCAUACAAGUUUUAAAUGAGUUUUCCAGCCCAAACAGACUUGAACCUUCCCCCUCUUAACACCACCAGAGAUCAGGUUUCUUUCCACCCCUGCCCCCACUCAGAUUGAUAUACUUGUACCUAGAGCUAGGCCCUUGUUUUUGUAGCUCCUUAUUAAUUCCUCUGGUGCCAGAAAGCUGGGGCAGGAGAGCCAGGGACCCCAAAUUGGAAAAUCUCCCAAUUCUCAAGACUACCCUCUCCCUGGAACUUAAGAACUUUAUCUAAGGGUAAAAGGGCAAACAAACCAUUUCUCCACAAGGAGAAACCCUGCAUGGGAAGAUAUUUUGGUAAAAAAUUUUGUGGCUCCUUUAUAUUUAAAAAAAGUUUAAAUAUUAUUUAAAUUAUAUUUGCCUUCCAUCCUAACUCUUUCCUACCUUCCCCAGCUGUCCCAAAUAUAUGUUAAUGUGCCUGGAUCUGCCCAAAUCAAAGACUAUAGAGCUUUUAACCUCUGAGAUCUUAGCAGAUGGUUUUGAGCUGGGUCUGUGACUUGGGGAAAGAGGGGAUACUUGCUGCUGAUAUCAACUAAGGAAUUGUGGGAAUCAUUGUGAGAUUCCCUUGAGGGGUAGCCUGCCAAGUUUGAAACAACCCUGGACCCUCAGUACUAGCACCAUCACUACCCUUACUCCCAGUGGUCUCCUUUCCUCAUGAUCAGCUUUCUUAAUCCCUAUAGCUUCCCUAUUCCCCAGUUUUUGCUCACUUGGGGUAUUAGAGCACCAGAAUAAAACAAACAAACAAACAAAAACAUUUCUCAACCCACUCUGGCAGCCUAGCUUGUGAUCCCUGCCAAAGAGGCCUCUCAGAUAUCCCUGGAGCACACCUCCUUCAUUUUGGCCAUUCUUAUCUAUAGAUUUUUAAUGCACAGCCACUGACUUCUCAUUCUAUCUGGGAGUGUCAUUCCCUAAAAGCAAGUUGAAGGAUGUAGCCCACCCUGGAUAGGGAAAAAGGGGAGCCUCCUCCACACUGGGAAAAAGAAAAUAGUAAGUGCCUCAGCUUCAAAGUAAAGAGCUUCCUUUCGCCAUGGGAAUGCCAAUUUUUAUUGCCCGAUAGAUUCACCACUAUCUUCCAUCCCUAAAAGUACCUUCCAUCUGGCUUGGAUGACAUCUACUCAUCACUUCUCCCACUGACCCCUUGUUGAGGCAUAUGAAUCAUAAUUUUCCCACUCUCUCUAGGAAGUAAUCUGAGUGGAGAGCAGCCCACUUCUCUCCACCCCUUUUUCUUUUUUUGUCCCUUUCUCAAUUUUCCCCAUCUCUGAAGGAGUUCAUAGGCCUGGGGUAGGAGUGGGGGUGGGGAAUACCUGGGAAUUUAAAACGGUGUAAUUCAAAGAAAUUUGUUUCAUGGAAAUGACUUCCUCUUUAUGUGCUUUGUUGUAAACACAUUUGAAAACUAUUACCAAUAAAGUUUUGUUUAAAAAAAAAGAAAAGAAAA